ACUGAAUAAGAAUAUGAGGGAGAUGUGGCGGAGAAUGUUCUACAUAAAUGACGGAUUGAUCGCUGUUGGCACGGCGAUGAAAUAUUGAGCUUGCUGGAGGUUUUGAUUUGAUUUUGUUUGAUGUUGAAGUUACGGAACAGCACAAUACUACCAUUCAGUAGACUGCUUCUAAACUUGAAUAGAAAGCAGCCUCGGUCCGACACUUGUCAACAUUAGAAUGGUCAAGUAGUUGGUGUAAUAGGUGCAACUGCUUCCCAGUGCGUCUUCUUCUGGUGGCUGAGUGGCCUCAGCUCACCAAAGGCAACCAGGGAGGGAGAGGAAGAGAGGAGAGAGGUAGAAACUAGGGCACUGUUAUCUGGCCCCCUUUUUUUUUACCAACCACCAGGCACAAGGCAGAGAAAGAGAAAGAAAGAGCCUUGAACUGGAUAGCAGGAGAGAGGAGAGGACACCAACGGCGAAGCGAAGCCGUAGACGAGACGGGGGGAACCUCUGGAGUCAACGUCCGACGUCAAGGACCUGAGAACAACAAGGCAACCCUCACAGGAAGUCACACGCUAUCUAUACGCAGCUACAUAACACACACACACACACACACUUGUCGAUCGGCAACAUGUUUGAGGAGCAGGCGACCAAGGUCAAGAUCACGUCCGUGGUGAUUGUUGUGGGGAUGUCGGCGAUGCUGGCGGCGGUAGUCACCGACCACUGGGCAGUGCUCAGCCCUCGGGUGGAGAAGCUCAACGCCACCUGCGAGGCGGCCCACUUUGGCCUCUGGAGGCUCUGCAAGAAAAGCAUCUUCAUCGUGGAGGAAGACCCCCAGGGCAAAGGCUGUGGCCCCAUCAGCUUACCCGGAGCUAAAAACUGUUCCUACUUCAAACACUUUACAUCGGGGGAAGAAGCUGAAGUUUUUGAAGUCAAGACCCAGAAAGAAUACAACAUCUCAGCUGCAGCCAUAGCCAUCUUCAGCCUGUUCUUCAUGAUUCUGGGCACCCUCUGUGUCAUUUUCUCUUUUGGGAAGGGGCGGGACUACCUGCUCCGACCUGCUGGGAUGUUCUUCGCAUUUGCAGGUCUUUGCAUCAUCAUUUCUGUUGAGGUAAUGCGUCAGUCUGUCAAGCGCAUGAUCGACAGCGAUGAGACCAUCUGGAUUGAAUACUACUACUCCUGGUCGUUUACCUGCGCCUGCGCGUCCUUCACCCUGCUCAUCCUCAGCGGGGUCGCCCUGCUCCUCAUCUCCAUGCCCCACAUGCCACGUAAUCCCUGGGAGACCUGCAUGGACGCUGAGCCGGACACCUUAGAUUAGCCAUGGGCGAGGUAACACGCAUAUCUGGUCUGAGCGACAAAAGAAAAACUACCCGCAGUUUUGCGUCUUUUAGCCCUUUAACCACCUAUCUCACAAAUCACUAUUUCAUGAAUAAAAAAAUAAAGAAAAAAAGAAAAAUACAUCUACAGACCUUAAAAAAAAAUUGUAAGUGCAAAUAAAAUUGCUCUGAAAGCGAAUGGUUUCUAUUCUGUUAUUACUGCAACUUAUUCUCCAAAACAUUACAAAAGAAUUUUCCACUUUCUGUGUCCAUUGGUUUCGCUACAUAUUAGAAAAAUAGUUGAAUCAGCCUGUGUGUGCGAGAUAAACUCAGCAAAAACAAUGAUAUUUUUUUGUUACCUACGAAUGUGUAAGCAGUUAGGGGCAGGAAUUGUUUUGUAAAAUGUCUUUUUUAGAACCCGUAUAUGCCCUAGAUUUAUACCUAAGUGGGCCUAUGAUAGGCACAAGGCUCCAAACAAAAACAAAAAAAGAGAAAAAAACUCUAUAUACAUACUUGUGCUCAUAGAAUCUAGGGUUACAGUAGGUAACCACUGUCACAUAACUCAUUUUUAACCACAGCUUUUUCCAUUCUAUAUAAAUUAUGUUGUUGCUGCUGUGUGAAAAUCUUGAGACAAGCACGCUUUCUUUUAAGUGUCUUUUUUUCUUUUUUGGUAAGGGUUAGGGUUAUUCACGCUUCAAUAACAGAUUACUGUUUCAACAAAAACAACAACAAUAAUAAUUUUUUUUUUCUUUUCUUAAGUAGACCUUACAUAACUGUUGCAUAUUGUCUACGUCCAGCGUGUUAUUUCUUUCUGUGAGUCACUCUGGCCCUGGAGUCAUUCAGCUAGUGCAGGUGCAGCGAAAUUAAAGCUUCACAAAUGAUGCUGUUUCACAAGGGGACACAAGAAGAAAUGAUUACAUUUAGUUCUGAGUUUCUUUAGAGAGGAACAUUGCGCUUUGUUUUUCUUUCUUCAAUCAAACAGUUUUCUGGGCUUGUUUACGGGUUUUGUAUUUCAGAAGAUGAAUUUUAUAUGCUCUGCUGUGAUUACAAGUAUUCUGCCAUGAUAUUCAAGUGGACGCAGAUGAUUUUCUGUUUUUUCUCCACAUGCUAUAGUUGUAAGUUUCCCUCUGCUUCCAUUACUGUAGUCAUGUGAAGACCAAUAAAACAUUUCCUACAUUA